GAGAUGGAAGCACCUACCCUCCCCGAAACCUUUAGGUAUACUCCUGCUCUUCAUCAAGAAUCUUGGGACCCAACGAUGAUCAUUGCCUUAUUCGAAAUUGGAUCAGUAUCCCUUUUCUUCUGGAGUUCACUGCUUCCUCUAAAAAGGAAUAGCAAUCAAGUAUCUGAGCAACUGAUGACACAAAAGCUUGAAAAUGUUUUAAACAGAAUUGAAGGUAUCCUUAAAAACAUGACAAGUUUUAGAAAGACCACAGAUGGAGAAGAAUCUUUGGGGGACAUCAAUGCUUCUGAUGAUGUGUUAGACCUUAAAGAAAAAAUCAGAGCACUUGACAAAAUCAACAAAACGCUAUUUAAAAAUCUGCUUGCUAGUUUAGAGCCAGAGAAAUUCCAGAAUGAAAAAAAGAUAUUGGAAAACCAGAACUCCGAGGACACAGCACAAGGUUUUACAAGGGAUUUCGCAAAUCAUUCAGAUGGAAAAGAGGUCAUUAAUGAAACUAAAAUAAGUAAAGAGAAAGCAAAAUAUGGAUUACUUCAUGAUCAAGAAGAAAAUAUCAAGCUCAGGAACAAUAUGGAGCAGUUACUACAGAAAGCAGAACACUGGAGUGAACAGCACACCGAACUCAGUGAACUAAUAAAAUCAUAUCAGAAAUCUCAGCAUGACAAAAGAGAACUUAAAAACGAUGGGGUUCACUUCCAAAUCCAGCCACAUAACAAGUUGUCAACUAAUCAGGAGAUGGAGGAACAAGUUAGGAAACUGGAGCACGACACUUAUUCCUUGCAUUUGACUGCAGCCUUACUGGAGAACGAAUGCCAAAUCUUACAGCAGAGAAUGGAAAUUCUCAACGAGCUCCAUCAUAAGAAAGAGAGAGAUCAGAUAGACUAUGAACAGGGCAAGAAAGAUCAGAAACUACAAGAAGCAGAGAAAGUAGGAAUUCAUAGGCAGAGGAUGAGAGACAUGGAGGGCGCAUUUCAGAAAAUAGAGAAAUUUUAUAUAAGGCUAGAUGUUUGUAGUAAUACCAAAGCUCGUAAUAAUCGCUUCAACACUUGUAUUGCAAAAAGAGGUCUUACAGGAAAAAAGAGGUCAGCCAGCAGAUCAAGAUAG